GCCGCGGUGGCUCGGCCAGGCAGGCGGCGCUGACCCCCGGCGGCCCGGGCAGGCGCCGUUUCCGCGCCGGGAUGUGGAAGCUGGUGUCCGCGGCAGGGCCUGGCCCAGGAGAGCCGUAUCGACUUUUGGUUGGUACAGAAUAUGUUGUUGGACGCAAGAGCUGUGCAAUUUUAAUUCAGAAUGAUCAGUCAAUCAGUAGAAAUCAUGCAGUACUGAUGGUCAGUCCUCCUGAAUCUAACCUUAGUCAAUCAGUUACAGUCCCUGUUUUGACAGUAAAAGAUACUUCUAAAUAUGGUACCUUUGUUAACGGAGAAAAAUUAUUGAGUGAAACUUCAAGAACUUUAAAGUCAGGUGACAGAGUCAAUUUUGGAGUCUUCGAAAGCAAGUUUAGAAUAGAAUAUGAACCUUUGAUUGUCUGCUCCUCCUGUUUAGACGUCUCUGGAAAAACUGCUUUAAACCAAGCCAUUCUGCAGCUUGGAGGCCUUGUAGUGAAUGAAUGGACAGAAAAAUGCACUCACCUGGCUAUGGUAUCAGUGAAAGUUACUGUGAAGACUAUAUGCGCUCUGAUUUGUGGUCGACCAAUUAUAAAGCCAGACUACUUUGUUGAAUUCAUCAAAUCUGUUCAGGCCAAGCAACAGCUGCCAACACCAGAAAGCUUUUAUCCUCCAGUUGAUGAGCCCUCUAUUGGCACUGAAAAAGUGGAUCUGUCUAUGUGUCAUGAAAGAAAAACCAUCUUCAGAGGGAAAACCUUUAUGUUCCUAAAUGCUAAGCAGCACAAGAAACUGAGUCCAUCUGUUAUUCUUGGAGGGGGAGAAGCAAAACUUAUGACAGAAGAGAGUAAAGACAUUUCUUUACUGGUAUCUCCUAAUGUUUGUGUCAUUGAUGUAGGAUUAACAGACACACAGGCCCCGGCAUCUGAGUCUGCAAGAAAUUGGAUUAAUUCUAUUAUAACAGUGCUACAAAGCAAGGAUCUCAGGCCUAUUCCAGAAGCAGAGAUUGGAUUAGCAGUUAUCUUUGGGUCCACAGAAAGAUACUGUAAUCCUCAAAAGCAAACUGUGAAAGUUAUAAAGCCAGCUACUCCUGCAGCAAAUCUUCUCGGAUCCUCCAUUUCUCAAAGUUUGAUAGUAGAGGAAACAGUGCCUACUGCUACAAAUAAUGACUCUGUAUAUGUUGCUGAUACAGAACCAGAAGACCUGACAGACUCACGCAUGGAGAUAGAUAAAACACAAAUGAACAGAAAAGGCAAAACAAAUGUACAGGAUAUAACUACUGUAAAGGAGACUCCCAACACAAGUGGCAAUGCAAAUGUAGGGAUUUUAUUCUCCAGGAUUGAUAAAAUGCCUGAGUUUGACCAAAAAAGCUUGUCACUCUCACCUUUUAAAACUUCAGAAGUUGGUAAAAAAAGAGAACGAGCAUCACAGCAACAGCUGAACUCAAUAAAAAAUUACUUCCAGACAGCUACAAAGAAAAGGGAAAGGAAGGAAGAAGAGGAAGAAGUUUCUUCUGAGCCUAAACUGGCAAAGUUGGAAGACAAGUCACUGCCUUCUUCCAGUCAUACCCAACCCAUAACUUCCUCAACAUGGAAAAGCAAAAUAGAACAGCCUCAAAGAGAGCAAUAUACCCUGGACCCAAAAACAAAUCUUUUACAUAUAGACACGGGUAUAAAGUGUGCAACAGAAAGUAGAAAAUCAGAGAGUGAUAAAACUGCUGCUAAAAAUAUUUCCAGUACAAAGCCUGUAUCAAGUAAGAGAAAAGAACAAGAUGACUUAAUAGAAGAGACGGAUACCCUGGAGGUUGUGUUUGGGAGUAAACAGCUAGAUUGGGAAGAUAAUGUGGAGGAUCCUGGUAUUGAGCAUCAAGCCAACACACAGAAAAAAAGGCGGCUGGAAACUGAUGAGAACAGAAUUGAAAAAGAAAAUGUAACAAGAAAUGAAGGCAGUAGAAUAUUGGAAAAUGAAUUUGGGUGUGUUCUGACUUCAGAAAAGGAAAAUAAGAUCAAGCAAGAAUCAUCAAUGUUGAGCCAUGACAAACUUCAUGAUGAUUCUCACAGUUUGCCCAGCAAACUCCUGUUGACUGAGUUUAGAUCACUGGUUGUCAGCCAUCCAAGACCAAAUGCUCAAAUCACGGCAAAAAACAAUUAUGGGGAACUGAAAAACUACAAGAAAUUCAAAAAGGUAGCUUAUCCUGGAGUAGGACAGCUUCCACACAUUAUUGGAGGAUCUGAUCUUAUAGCUCAUAAUGCCAAAAGGAAUUCAGAGUUAGAAGAAUGGUUAAGGCAGGAAAUGGAGGAACAGAAUCGGCAUGAAAAAGAGGAAUCACUUGCAGAUGAUCUUUUUCGAUAUGAUCCUCAUGUGAAAAGGAGAAGAUAAGCUUGAAUUCAUGAUGAAUCCAUAGCAAAAUAUGUUUUGCCACCACUUACCAAUAUGUUUACUGGCUACCAUUUGUCAUGUGUAUGGAGAGUUUAAACUACAUAUUGUGAAACUUGUUUUUAAGCCCUGCUUUUAUUAAAAAACAGACAAAAAUACGUUUCAUUGUUCAGUGCUUGUGAUUUCUAGACUUCUGGAUUCAAGAACUUAAAAUCCCUUUGCUUUAGAGCAAUGCUCUUUAAACCAUCCCAGAUAUUUUAGGUUUUGCUUCAAGUUGUUACUUUCCAAUUGCACUGAGACAGGUGUUAGUUACAGUUUAUUUUGAAAAAGGAAAUUAUUGCUAAUUCAUCUGACUGUUUUAAAUACAGCCAACUUGAUUUGUUUAGCCCUGUACUGUAGUGAUUACUUGCCCUGCGAUAGACUUGUGUGAAUGGUGUAUAAAUAAAGUACAAAUGUUUAAACUACAUGAAAUUCAUUUUUAUAAGGAAAAAAGUUAUUCUCCUUAAAAUUCCCUUAAAAUACCUAUUCAAUCUGAGGAUAUCAGUAAUAGGUCAUUUUUGUUUUCAGUUUUGUGACUUGUUUCCGUUUGGUAAUUUUUAAAGGAAGAUUGUAUAAUUUAGUAAAAAAAAUGUGUUCCAUUUUUACAAAAUAUUUGCUGUCAUUUAGUUAAAAUUGUAACGUAAUUGAAUGUUGCCACUUGUAAAAUUCUGUAAUGUAUUGUGUGUCAAGUACAUUCCAAUGUAUAGUCCAUUCCAGAAUAUACAUUUAAUUUGGCAAUAGGAGACUGACAUCCUUUGGUGAGAUGGGAAAAAUUAAAUACUUUGUAACCAUUUCCAUCUGA